AUGGGUGUGGACUAUUACAAACUUCUUCAGGUAGAUCGAAGUGCCAGCGAUGAGGAUCUCAAGAAAGCUUAUCGCAGGCUUGCUAUGAAGUGGCACCCUGAUAAGAACCCUAACAACAAAAGGGAAGCUGAAGCCAAAUUCAAGCAAAUCUCGGAAGCCUAUGAUGUUUUGAGUGAUCCACAAAAGAGGGCAGUGUAUGAUCAGUAUGGUGAGGAGGGAUUGAAAGGGCAGAUGCCACCCCCGGGUGCCGGUGGAUUUUCCAGUGGCAGUGAUGGUGGACCAACGAUGUUCCGGUUCAACCCAAGAAGUGCAGAUGAUAUAUUUUCUGAGUUCUUUGGGUUUUCUAGUCCCUUUGGAAUGGGGGAUAUGGGCGGCCGAGCCGGUCCAUCUGGCUUUCCCAGAUUUGGGGAUGACAUUUUUACUUCUUUUAGUAGGAGUGCAACUGGAGAAGGCUCUGGCAAUGUGCCAAGGAAAAGUGCACCGAUUGAGAGAACACUGCAAUGCAGUUUGGAGGAUUUGUACAAAGGGACUACCAAAAAAAUGAAGAUUUCCAGGGAUGUGAUUGAUGCUAGUGGGAGGCCCACCACUGUAGAGGAAAUUCUAACCAUUGAGAUCAAGCCAGGUUGGAAGAAGGGAACAAAAAUAACUUUCCCAGAGAAGGGAAACGAACAAAGAGGAGUUAUACCAGCCGAUCUUGUUUUUAUUAUUGAUGAAAAACCUCAUGGUGUCUUCAAAAGGGAUGGCAAUGAUCUUGUUGUCACACAGAAGAUAUCCCUUGUUGAAGCUCUGACAGGUUACACGGCACAACUGACAACUCUUGAUGGCCGGAAUCUCACCGUAUCCACCAACUCCAUUGUUAGUCCGACAUACGAAGAAGUGAUCAAAGGAGAGGGUAUGCCCAUUCCCAAGGAACCUUCCAAAAAGGGAAACUUGAGAAUCAAGUUCAAUAUCAAGUUCCCCUCUAGACUUACGUCAGAGCAGAAAACUGGCAUUAAACGAUUAUUGACAUCUCCAUAA